AUGACCCUUGUAACUGAAUUAACUGGACCGAACGCUUCGGUAAUCCCACGAAUCACCGCUCGACGAAUGAGAAUGGAAAUCCUCCCACAAAUCGCCAGUACAGUGGUUCCAAGCCCACAAGGUGUAAACAGAAGUAUUCUCGCUGUGGAAUUCUGGCACAGCAUUCCAGGAAGGCAGAACUUCGCAAACUUGACUCUUGGAUGUAGUGAUCGAUUGCUUCAGACAGCUAUCUUGAAAUCACCAACCGAUUCCAGGAGAAUUAUCAUUGAUAAUUUUGGAGGUGAUGAAGAAGCACCAACAGUGUUGCCAAAGGUUCUCAUCACGAAUAGACCGGAGGAGAUGAAAGAAUUACUUCGAAAUGAAUGCAUAAUAAUACCCUGCUUCAUUACUGCUUUGGCCACAGCUGUGACAAAUGCAAUCCGAAGACCAGAAACUAUUGCCUUCCUCCGCGACUUGAAGGAAUCUCUUGGUGUCUGUCAAAAUGGAACUUCUAACUUGAGUGAUAUCGCAUUGGAGGUCAUCACUUGGAGAGAAGUCUCUGAUCUUCUGGCACAAAACCGAAGCGAGAAGGGUCGAGAUGAUGAUGUCUAUCAGCUUCGAGGCAUUUUGGAGGUAAGAGGGGUUCGUGUAUAUAUAUAUAUAUAUAUAUAUAUAUAUAUAUAUAAAUUUUAA